AUUCGAACUGCUCUAACCCUAGCUAACCCUUUUAUGAGUUCAAAAUCAGGGAGUCUUUUGUUUAUUUCUUAGUAGACGUACUUCUUCACCACUCCCUCUCACAGACAACAUCGUAUACAUCAAAUCAGCUAUGGCGAAAGCUCUUACACCCCUUGUGCUUCUUCUAUUCUCCUUCAUUUCAGUUGGGAACCUCGGAUCGGUCCAUGCACAGCAGAAAACAUGGUGCGUGGCAAAGCCUUCAUCGGAUCAGGGCACGUUGAUGGCGAACAUCGAAUUCGCUUGCUCUCAGGUAGACUGUUCGAUCCUGCAGAAGGGCUGCCCUUGUUUCGUGCCCGACAAUCUCAUGAACCAUGCCUCUGUAGCCAUGAACAUGUACUAUCAGUCUAAGGGCAGGAACCACUGGAACUGCUAUUUUGGAAAUUCUGGGCUCGUUGUCAUGACUGAUCCUAGCUAUGGUAGCUGCCUAUAUGAAUGAUGUUGGGGGUUUUGGAAUGCGACAUAUCAAUUUUUAGUUACUGCUCAAAUUAGAUAAUUAUAUUGGUGAGGAGAAAUGGUAUUGUAUUGUGUUUGAGAUGGAAAUAAAAUGAUUAUUUUUGCUUUUGGU